AUGUCGUACUACAACAACAACAAUACCGACUACGGUGGUGGUGGUGGUGGCUCUGACGACCAGGGCCACCAUGAGCCGACACCGUACUACGCGACCGCCGUGCCCGCCCCGGGAGGCGCUCCUCGUCGGACUCCACAGCCUCAGCAGCAGCAGCAACAGCAACAGCACCAACAGCCAGCCUACGAUUCCAGCUACGGCGCCGGCCCGCCAGCCUCCCACGAUCCUUUCAAUGCUCCUCAAUACAUGGCAUCCCCUGCACCACCUCCCCCUCCUCAGCCUUACUAUGCCCAGUCGCUUCAGCAGACGAACACGAACACUGCGACGCCGGGCGUGCACGACCCCUUUGCCAAUCCGCCCGCGUCUGCCGAUCCGUACCAGCAACCCACCUGGGCCCAAUCGGCUCCUAUCCCCUCCAACACCCAGCAUCCAUUGCAACAACCCCAACCCCAACCACCCACGCAGUAUGGCUACCCGCAUCAACAGGACAUCGCCGAUUAUUCCACCGCCGGCGCUCCGCCGCAGCCCCCACAUUUCCUCAACGGCAACUCGUCUAUGCCCUCUUUCCAAUCUUACAACAGCGGAGCGCACCAUCCGCGUCCGGACCAAGACGAGGAUGAACCUGAGCAACCUCUACUGUCGCCGACGGCCGCGAGUGGUCGCAACAACCGUCACCCUCGCUGGACCACGUCGGGCUCCGCGAACGGCGCGCACGAAGGCGGUUACGAUCCUUCGGCGCAGUACAACAACCAACCUUAUGUCGGCGGCUUUGAUCCGGCGAUGAUUGCGGGCGGCUACGGCGGUCAACCGGGUGGCUUCGUUGGAGAUGACGAUGAUCAGCACAGCGUCGUUAGGUACGGUAGGAUCCCUCAGAGGCAACCGAGGAGGUACAAGACCGUCAAACGUGAGUGCUUUCGAGCUUAUCCCAGACAGAAGAGGAGCUGCUUGAUCUCACUCGCCCUCUGGAUGUAACCAGGUGUGCCACUCUUCCAUGGUAACCUCGUCCUCGACUGCCAAGUCCCCCCCAAAUUGCUCGAACGUUGCCCGCGCAAGGACGAGCGAGAAUUCACCCACAUGCGCUACACUGCCGCGACGUGCGACCCCGACGACUUCCUCGACGAACGCUACGCCCUCCGUCAAAUCCUCUACGACAGCCCUCGUCGUACCGAAUUGUUCAUCGUCAUGACCAUGUACAAUGAGGAUGAGAAUCUGUUCUGUCGUACCAUGUCCGCGGUGAUGACCAACAUUGCCAAUCUUUGUCAGAGGGAUCGAUCAAAGACGUGGGGUCCGGAUGGGUGGAAGAAGGUCGUCGUCUGCGUUGUCUCGGAUGGUCGGUCCAAGAUCAACUCGAGGACGUUGAGUGUCUUGGCUGCGAUGGGAGUGUAUCAGGACGGUGUGGCCAAGAACGUUGUUGCUGGGAAACCUGUGACGGCCCAUAUCUACGAGGUGAGCAUCCAGCGGGGUCAUGAGGGAAGUACAGUGUGGAUGAUGCUGACGUCUGAUCUCGUGCAUUCGUUCAGUACACGACACAAAGUAAGUUUUUGCUCGACAUGAGCCCGAGAAGCAUGCCACUGACAUUAUCAUUGUUGCCUUGCAGUCUCGGUCGAAGCGAGCAACGGCAACAUCUCGUUCAAGGCAGCCGAGCGAGGCGUCGUGCCCGUCCAGAUUCUCUUCUGCUUGAAAGAGAAAAAGUGAGCUGCCUCGCUUCGAAGCGGACUCAGGUACCUGCGGCAGAGCUAACCCGGUUGGUCCACUGAACUGAAUCUCCGCAGUGCCAAGAAGAUCAAUUCGCACCGAUGGUUCUUCAACGCCUUUGGACCCAUCCUUCAACCCAACGUCUGCAUCCUUCUUGAUGUCGGUACCAAACCCGGUGCCGUCUCGCUGUACAAGCUGUGGAAAACAUUCGACCUCAACUCCAACGUCGGUGGAGCGUGUGGUGAGAUCGUUGCUUCCAAGGGCCACGUGAUGAAGAAUCUGUUGAACCCGCUCGUAGCGGCUCAGAAUUUUGAAUACAAGAUGUCCAACAUUCUGGACAAGUCGUUGGAGUCGGUGUUUGGGUACAUUACGGUGCUGCGUGAGUUUGGUUUAGCUUCUUUCUGUUUCACUCUGCACGGGACUGAUCCUAGUGCUUCUGUGCUCUUGUGCCAAACAGCGGGGGCUUUCUCGGCCUAUCGCUACAUUGCGUUGCAAAACGACCCCAAGACGGGCGAAGGACCGCUGAAGGAAUACUUCAAGGGUGAGACGCUGCAUCACGACCCCGAUGCGGACCUGUGGACCAAAAACAUGUACCUCGCCGAGGAUCGAAUCUUGUGCUGGGAACUCGUUGCCAAGCGGAACUCGUCCUGGGUCCUCAGCUAUCAACGCUCCGCCUUCGCCACAACCGAUGUUCCCGAUCGUUUGGCGGAUCUGAUCUCGCAACGUCGUCGAUGGCUCAACGGUUCUUUCUUCGCGUCGUUGCAUUCGUCCGUGCAUUUCGGCUACAUCUACCGCUCGGACCAUACGUUCUGGCGCAAGAUGUGGCUCCACGUUGAGUUGAUCUACCAAUCCUUCAACAUGUUCUUCACCUGGUUCGGUCUUGCGAACUACUACAUCAUCUUUGUGAUCCUCACCGAAUCUCUGGCGGACCCGACGUUCGGUAUGACGGGUAUCCAUUACUUCAACCAAGUCGUCAAGUACUAUUACAUCGCCUUGAUCGUCUGUUGCUUCUUGUUGGCCUUGGGCAAUCGACCUGCCGGUGCCGUGGCUUGGUACACGACGAUCGCCGUUUCGUUCGCCUUGAUCACGGUCUACAUGCUCGUCGCUGCGAUCCUCAUCACCAUCAAGGGGGUCACGAACGCCAAAAACGAAAUCACCUCUUCGGGAGGGGUAUUCACUCUAAGCGACAUCUUCACCAACGCCAUCUUCCGCAACAUCGUCAUCUCCCUGCUCGCGACCUAUGGACUCUGGCUGCUCGCUUCGCUCAUCUUCCUCGACCCGGCCCACAUGUUCACCUCGCUGGUGCAGUACAUGCUGCUCGCUCCUUCGUAUAUCAACAUCAUCAACGUAUACGCGUUCUGCAACGUCCAAGACGUGACCUGGGGUACUCGACCCGAAGAAAAAGUCUCUACCGACUUGGGCACAGCCGCAGCCAAAGACGGAGCGGUGGACGUCGCGCUGCCUUCCGACGAAAAGGACAUCAACGCAGCCUACGAAGACGCAUGCCACGUCCUCGCGACGAAGCUACCCAAAGAAGUGAAAAAGGUGAACGAAGAGGAGAGGAUGUCGGAUGCGUACCGCAACCUACGAACGAACGUCGUCUUGGCUUGGUCCUUGACGAAUGGUGCCUUGGUCGCGGCGAUCACGUCGACGGGCGCGAGUAAUAGUAUCGGUGGAGCGGGGAGGGUCAAUAUUUAUAUGGCGUUUGUGCUGUAUUCCGUGGCGGGGUUGGCGGCGGUCAAGUUCGUCGGAUGUACGAUAUACUCGAUCCUUUGGACGUUCCAACAGUGGUAG